CGUGCUUUGCUCAGUUUCUUGCGAUCAGUCGGAUCGUACGGACGUACUUUUCUUUGGGUGUUUGGCAAAGUGUAAGCAAGUGUGGCAUGUUGUGAGAACUGGUUGGAGCCCGAUCGGAACCUGGUAGAGUGAGCACGACGAAAUCGUUUCCGAUAGUACCUAAGCUAACUGCCAAAUGUUUGAAACACAAUAACGGUUGCUGAUGACUUACAACGGGGUAAACAUUUAGCUUAGUGUUUAGAGUGAUUAAGUUAAGUGUGCGAUUCAUUCGAUCGAUUGUUGGUGAAUCUCGUAAACUGCCAUUGACAAGCAAGCGAUAAUGCAAACCAGCGCCUGAUCGCCGGACGCAACGUAUGAAACCAGAGCAUCGAGAGGUUGAGAAGCAAAAUCAAAAAAAAAAUCUGAAUCCGGUGUGUUCCUGUUUUGUGACCCAAAGUCCCCAUAAGCCAUGACGAAGCUGGCGUACAAAUCAACUGCCCUGACAGCACUGGUACUGUGUGCUGGACUGGCCUAUGCUAUCCAGGUUCCCGUUCCAGUGGACCAGAUCAGUAUUGCCAACACAAACGAUCGGCAGGAUGUGGUUCCUCCGUACGGUCAAUCGCCACUUGGAUACGGCGCUGGUAAGAAUGAACCACGUGUAUAUCGUCCGGAUACUUCAUCGCUGGAUUUUGUGUACCACAACCACGAUGAUAUGACGCGCUACCUGCGAGCAACUACUGCGAGGUAUCCUAAUUUAACCGCGCUGUACUCCAUCGGCAAAUCGGUACAGGGCCGGGAUUUGUGGGUGAUGGUCGUGUCGUCCUCACCGUACGAACAUAUGCUCGGCAAGCCGGAUGUGAAGUAUAUUGGAAACAUCCACGGUAAUGAAGCCGUUGGUCGCGAACUGUUGCUUCAUCUGAUUCAGUACCUGAUUACGAGCUACACCAGUGAUCCCUACAUCAAGUGGCUGUUGGACAACACGAGGAUUCAUAUUCUACCUUCGCUAAAUCCGGAUGGGUAUGCCGCUUCCAAGGAGGGUACCUGUGACGGAGGCCAAGGACGGUACAACUCUCGGGGAUUCGAUUUAAAUCGUAACUUCCCAGACUACUUCAAGCAGAACAGCAAACGAUCCCAGCCGGAAACGGAAGCCGUGAAAGAGUGGAUCUCCAAGAUACAGUUCAUUCUCAGUGGAUCUCUGCAUGGAGGUGCUCUGGUUGCUAGCUACCCGUACGAUAACACUCCCAAUGCCAAGAUCUGUCGAUCUUCGUCGACUUGUGCCGUGUUCAACAGUUACGUCCAGCAGCCAUCGCUGACACCGGACGACGAUGUGUUCAAACAUCUUUCGCUGACGUACGCCAACAACCACGCUAAGAUGUCCCGGGGAGUAGCCUGCAAGUCCGCGUCGCCUUCUUUUGAAAACGGCAUCACUAACGGUGCUGCCUGGUAUCCGCUGACCGGGGGAAUGCAGGACUUCAACUACGUGUGGCACGGAUGCAUGGAGGUUACGCUGGAAGUUUCCUGCUGCAAGUUUCCGCCGGCUUACGAACUGCGCAAAUACUGGGACGACAACCAGCUGUCACUGAUUAAGUUCCUGGCGGAAGCGCACCGAGGCGUGCAAGGUUUUGUGAUGGAUCCCAACGGCAGUCCGAUAGAGCGAGCCCAGCUGAAGAUCAAGGGUAGGGACGUGGGAUUCGUCACCACGAAAUACGGCGAAUUCUGGAGAAUUCUCAUGCCGGGCGUGUACAAGCUCGAGGUGUUCGCGGACGGAUUCGUUCCACGGGAUGUAGACUUUAUGGUUGUCGAGCAACAUCCGACGCUGCUGAACGUCACCAUGCAGCCGUCUAAGCGCAACGACGGCGCCUAUUACCGACCCAUCCAAACAUCCCAGUCGCAGUAUCGUCCCCAGCUGGCCAUUCCGGCGGCCCAAAGCUCCGGCAGUAAUGGCUCUCCCGCAGACGAGGGCAUCCUCUCAACACUCAGCAACGGAUUCAACAGUUUGGUGAACAACAUUUUCGGCUAAAGCGGUCAUAAACCGGGUCGCAAGCCGAUAAGUUUCGUACAGUAUUAGUUUAAGCAGCUAACUAAAAGCAAACCUUUCAUCAGUUGAGCUGGCAACGUUUUAGCGAGGGGCAACCGAACCCCGUUCCCCAUACAAUGGCUUCACGUAGGACGAUAUUAGUAACACAAAUUCAAAAAAAAAAGCAAAAAUGUGUUCCAGUGAUACGAAGAUAAUAAGUCCAUUUUAUUGACAUUCAACACUUUCUAGCAAAAAAAAUCGAUAUGCAUAUACAUAUAUAUUUAAAAUCUCUAUAAACAACAUAUUAUCGAUAUUAUGAACACUCACGAUUUGAACUGCUGGAAGUUCGUAGCUUAUAUUCACAUUUUAGUGAUUGAACAAUAAAUGACCUGUUGAAAUAAACCAUAAUACACAUACAUACACACACACUGGAGAUCGCUUCCAACCUACAAAUUCGUUCUAAACGCGUAGAUCUUAGCUUGUAAACCGUAAACCUACUUUCUAGAUGCAGAUAAAUCAAGACUAUAUUUAUUACGAUAGUGACGGUAAAGAUCGUUCAAUAAAAGUGCUUAAAAUAAA